GAUUUGCGAGCUCCAAACCCUAAUUCGUAAGAUGUAGCUCCUCACAGCACGUCUUCCUCGUAAUUCAAUCGUCUGCGAUACUUUUGGGUUGCGAUCGCUGCCCUGUAAUGCAGCCUUGUGAAGCACGGAUCUUGUUAUAUGGCCUCACUGGACAUCCUUACAUACCUGGAACUGGAGUUUGGGUACAGGCAAUGCUGCCCUGGACAAUACAUGGUGCAAAUCCGACAAACGGAUUGAAACUUUUUGAUUGCUUGAGCUCAAUUGUCAAAGCUCUUCUCACGCCGAAGUUGGAGAUGGAGUGGAUUUUAAAGCAGAGGAGUUGAAGCCUUGGACUCGUAAGACCGAAAUUUGGUUCACCUUGGAUUCACUAACGCUUCUUCAUCUGAACAAAUUUAGAUUUUCUUGUGUGAUUUGAUAAGCUGUAACAUACUGUAGUAUUCUGUAUGAUUACUAGCACACCUAUUUUUUCAAGUUUUCGUCUUUAUACAUGGAUCGGAAGAGCUUGAGAUCACUGAACCCGUCGACGGUUGUCAUUCUUCCGACGUUAGCAUCUUCUCGACUUCCUGCUGCUUGGCGUCAACCUGGUGCGGUGGAAUUUCGUAUACCGAAGCUUUCAUGUGCCGUGUUUCUCACUCAGGUACAGCUACUGGACUGUAAGGAAGCCACCAUGGAGGAGAUGGAGUGUGUCGAAGCGAAGAAGAGGAAUGGAUUGAGUCAGACAGACAUAUGGAUUGAGGAGCAAGAUGCGAUGAAGGAGAAAUUGGUGAUGUAUGACGAUUUUCCAUGGCGACUCAACACCACCUCCUCGCAGGAAGGCUCCGCUCCGCUCCCCGAAGACUCAGGUGGAGUUAUAGAUAGUAGCAAGCUCCGCUAUGUUGGAGGCGUGGAUCUGAGCUUCGUAAAGGAGAACAGUUCGUUUGCUUGCGGGGCGUUGGUGGUCAUGGAUUUGGAAACCAUGCAAGUAGCGUAUGAGGAUUAUGAAACUGUGAAGCUUACCAUGCCCUACGUUGCUGGAUUCCUCGCCUUCCGCGAGACUCCUGUAUUUCUCGGCCUUCUCGAGAGGAUGGCAGCAAAGGCACCCCUUCUGUAUCCUCAGCUAUUGAUGGUAGACGGAAAUGGCAUUCUACAUCCUAGAGGUUUUGGGUUAGCCAGUCACUUGGGUGUUUUAGCUGACAUCCCAACUAUAGGCAUCGGAAAAAAUCUGCACCAUAUAGAUGGUUUGACGAAUCUUGAAGUUAGGCAUAUCGUCUCGGAGACCAACUUGCAGCCUGGUGCAGGGAUGCCUCUCGUUGGAAGAACCGGUAAAGUCUGGGGAAUGGCUUUUAGGAGCCAUGAAGGCUGUUCAAAACCAGUGUUCAUUUCCAUCGGACAUCGAAUUUCGUUGGAUACUGCUGUAGAGGUUGUUCGUCGGUGCACUCUGCAUCGAGUUCCAGAGCCUGUGCGACAGGCAGAUUUGAGGUCUCGAGAGUAUCUACGUAAACAUCCCAUAUCUGUUUCGCAGCCGACGUGACGUACCUUCAGUUGAAUAUCAAGUGGUAUCUGGCAUUGGGUUAGCUCUCAAUAUUUCAAACUGUUGGAGAUAUACAGAGUAUCCUACAUGCGACGGACAGGUGCUCGCUAAUUAGUUGCUGCUUGUGCAGGGAGGUCUAAAGAAGGGAAUUGGCCAAUGAAGAUUUGUUGCUAUGAAUGACAGCUCGCAACCUGGUCCUUGAAGGCCUAAAUGCAUUAGCCCCAGCGAGGGACGAUUGUUUGGUUUCCUGGUUCAUUUACUAGAUGAUUUGCCUUGUAAAAUUUCGAUGUAGAAAUACCAAGUGUAAGAUUUGUUGAUGCAACAAUUGUGUUUCAUAA